GCAAAUUGUAUAAAAUGCACAGAUUCCAACGACUGGAGUUGUCUCUUAUGUGAAGAUUGUUAUUACAAAGCAGAUGGUAAUUGUUUCCCAUGUUUUUCUGGAUGUGCCAGUUGUAAUGGAUAUGCAAACGGAAAUUGUUUUUCGUGUAAAAAUGGGUUUCGACAAGACAGAAAUUAUUGUUAUCCAUGUGCGACUGGUUGUAAAACGUGUUUUGGUGAUUUAGAUAAACAGUGUGAUUCUUGUUUAAUCGGUUACACAUACAGAGACCACACUUGCACCCAGUGUCCGGAUAAUUGCAUUAUCUGUACUCCAGACACGUUUGUGUGUUUGGGGUGUACUAUUGGAUAUUACAUCAGAACGGGUAAGUGUGUUGCAUGUCUAACAAACAGUCUUACAUGUGAUGGAACAUCCGGUGGGGUAUCUUAUUCGUGUGUAGAAGGGUAUUAUCUUUCAUAUGGAAAUUGUAUUCAGUGUUAUGAAGGAUGUAUUACCUGUUCCACCACUGAAGCAGGAAAAUGUUAUUCUUGUGAACCAUUUGGAUAUUAUUUUAAUAAUCGAGCUUGCUUAUCGUGUUCGACAAGUUGUUAUUCCUAUGAAUAUUCAGCAACAAAUUGUACAUCCUGCAAAGAUGGUAAUUAUUAUUUCUUUAACAACACAUGCCUUCAGUGUAGCAAUUGCGCAAAAGGAGCUUGCCAUCAAAAUGGCUGUACUCAAUGUAGUUACUCGAAUUAUUAUGUAUCCGGGUACAAUUGUCUGCCAUGUCAUUCAAAUCGUACAACAUGUGAAGGCAUUUCAACGAAUUGUACUUCUUGUGAAAUUGGCCAGAAAUAUCUAAAAAACAACCAAUGCCUUCAAUGUAAGAAUUGUUUGAGUGGAUAUUGUUUGCAAAGUGGAUGCGCUGUUUGCACAAAUAAUAAUUAUUUCGCUAUAGAUUAUGAUUGUUUUCCAUGUGAUGAGAUUUGUAAAACUUGUUCGAAAUCGUCUUCUCAAUGCACUUCGUGUGAAGAUGGAGAUCUUCAUUUAAAAAAUUCAACCUGCGUUCCAUGUUUAAAUUGUGUGAAUGGAAAUUGCCAUCAAGACGGGUGCAGUUUGUGCAUAGAUUCGCAUUAUUUCAAUAUUUCACACGACUGUUUCAAAUGCGAUGAUAACUGCAAAACAUGUGGUACAAACAAAACCAAUUGUUUGAGUUGUGAAAAUGGAAAAUAUUUGGAUGAAGGAACAUGUAAAUUUUGCGACGUAAAUUGUCUUGAUAACAUGUGUGAUGUUGUCUCGGGAUGCACUGCUUGCCCCGAGAUUUUUGAAGUUAAAAAUAAAGUGUGUAUGUGUAAAAGUGGGUUUUAUUUGAGUGGAAAAGGUGUGUGUUCAAGAUGCUUUACAAAUCAGUCAUAUAGCAAUUACAAAAUAUGCAAAAAUUCAGAUGAAAUACUUUUCACUCAAAAUUGUGAAAUAUGUUAUGAGCCAUUUGUACAAUCAGAAGAAUAA